AUUGCGACCAUCGGCCCGACGGAUGCUUUUCCUGCGACCGUAGGGCUGGUAGUGGGGAAGCGCGUGCUCCUUUUUCCAAGUUCGGUCUCGAGAAGCCCGCCGCGAUGCCGAAAGCCAAGCAGAAGCAGCGUCGGAAGAAGUAUAAUUACAACGUCGACCGCAAAAAACUGAACCGGGCUUUCCGCAAACGGUCGGCGCCCCGGAUACAGUGUGCUCAAAUCCGACAUGCUUGGGAUAGCACCAAAUCAGCUUCUAAGAAUUUGGCAGAAAUGGGCCUGGCUGUUGAUCCAAACAAGGCAAUUCCCAUUCCAAAGGAUACAAAAAUGGAACUUGAUGGACAAGAGGCAGGGACAACUGUUAGGAAGCCAUAUGUAAUAAAUGAAUUAGAAUAUGAAGCCAGCUUCCCAGAGGAAAAAUCUGAGACCCUCUCCAGAGAUCUUAUUGACUACGUCAAACACAUGAUUCAGAAUCAUGGUGAAAAUUAUAAGGCUAUGGCUCGUGAUGAGAAGAACUAUUACCAGGAUACACCAAAACAAAUAAAGAGGAAGAUCAAUGUGUAUAAACGCUUCUAUCCCGAGGAGUACCAAAUAUUCAUUGCAUCUUUACGGCCAGAAAAAAUGGAGCAAUAAUUAUGAGGAGGAAAAGAUGCUGAAACAUUAUUUCAUUUGCAUGGAUUUAAGUGACUGAGAUUGAAAAACUGAUACUUGAAUUACAUAAAAUAUUGCCUUCUAAAGAGAAAUAAGAAAAUACAGGUGGAACUUUGAUUCUCCAAAAUUCUGCAGAAAUUUUAAGUCAGCUUUCAGGUUCAUUUAUUUCACUGAAGGUUCUUCAAGGCAAAAUAGCUCUUAGUGACAAAAAUAUUUUUGCCUUGAAGAGACCUUGGUUGACAUAUGACUUCUCUAAACCUAGUGUCAAUAAUAGACCAUAUUGAAAAAAUAUUUUAGUUACAAGAGCAGAGGUUAAUUGUACACCGACUUGUCCACUUCUUGUGCAUUUUGGAAAGACAGCACAAUAGUAGUAGCCUCAAAUAGUAGUUUCCUUUCUCAGAAAUAAGAUGUGGACAUCAAGAUUAAAACCUCAAAACUAGUGCAUUUGGGCCAGAAAGAGCUAUCUCUACUCUCCAAUAAGAGACUAUCCCAGAGAGAUGCUAACUCACUCAAUGAGCAUUAGUCCAUAUUUAUGAGAGGGAAGAAGCCACCACUCUGCUGAUGGCAAUGUUGGAAUGAGGGUUCCUAAUGUGAGGUACAUUAUGGAUUGUCUUGUCAAGCCAUCUUUCCUUACCUAUUUUAAAAGUAGAAGCCGCAUUGGUUCUUUUUCUCUGAAGACUGAAACUGCAGUUGUACAUUGUCAUGCAGCUACUACAGGAAUUUGCAAUUGAUGAAGUCUGAAUUCUGUAGAGGAACUGGUGUAGCUCUACAAGUGUUGAAGCACCUGGAAAACACGGGACUAAAAAGCUGUCUAAUCCCACGUAGAGUCUGAUGAAAAUGACCAUUAGCAAUAAUUGUCCUGAUUUGUACGCAGGAUUCCUCAAGUGGUGAAGAGCAGAGUCACAUCUUACAUCACAAGAUUUAUUGAUAAAAAGUACAAAGCAUUUGUUAGCAAUUGCCUGUGGCAUAUACGGCUAAAAUGUAUUAUCCAGGUUUCCUAUAUUCUCAAUAGGAUAAGGGGGGAGGGGUUGGUUAAAACAUAAAUUGUGCAAAAGCAGCUUAGUCCAAACAAAAAUCCUGAUCUGCCAAGAGAAGAGGGAGCAAUGGAGAGCAAUGUUAUAUGCAUCAUUUUCCUAUUUAAGAAACAGCAUCAUUCCUACUUUUAACAUCAUAAGAGCUGUAGAGAGAAAUUGCCUAAAGAUGGGAUUGGCUUCCUGCACAUGUAGAAUUAUGCUUUAAUACAGAGAUGAGACAAAUGA